AUGUAAUUAUCACACAUCAUUUGGUUGUUUUUCGGAGUCCUAUUGGCUUACAACUUGAAGUUGUACAUGGACUCCAAAGUUCAAUACGAUAUCAAGAUAGAUGGAAAUUCAAUUUCAAUAAAUUUGUAAGGGAAGUCGAUUGGGAAUAGUGGAUUGGAAGUGGCUUGCAAAUAAUUCCAAGAUUUUGUCAAUGUGACUAAAUUGGAAGCCAAUUUCAAUUUGAAUGGACUCACAAAUGUUCAGACUCUUUUGUUAACUAUAAGUCGAUUCAAGAGAUUAUAAGAAUUGAAUUUGCAAAUAGGAAAUAAUCCAAUUGGUAAUUCAACAGCUUCGAAUCUUUAGGCUCUUUUGAUUCAAUUGUAAAAUUUGGAGUCCCUCUCAUUAGGAUUAGAUACCCUAUUCACACACCAAGGAAGGUCACAAAUAAUCAAGAGUAUUUCAGAAAUGAAGAAAAUUCACACACUCCAAAUCUCACUCAUCAAUACAGAUUUAGGUGGUAAUUAAAUCGACAUGUUGCUGCCAAUUGCUGAAAUGAGAUAAUUAAAAUCCUUAGAAUUGAUACUGAUGGGCAGCAAUCUAACAGCGCCAUCCACUAAAUCCUUAUAGACAUUAUUGUACAAGCUGCCAAAAUUAGAACAUCUAGUUCUAAAUCUCUAUGGUAAUAGAAUCUUGGUUGACGGGGUUGAUGAUCUAAGUGCUGGUCUGUACCAUUAAAAACAGGUUAAGAGUUUAGAAUUAGAAUUGUACUUCAAUAAUAUAACUUCAAAUGGAACAGAAACCUUGAUGAGUGUGACUGGAUAGAUGACUAAUCUUACAAAAUUACAUCUUGGUUUAGAGUUCAAUUACGUUGAGGAAGAGGGAGCUAAACAUAUUGCCAAGGCUUUGGGAAAUCUUUAGCACCUCAAUGACUUAUCAAUUAAUUUGGCAUCUAAGAACUUUGGAUACUUGGGAUAUGAGGCUGUGUUAUAAGCAAUUGAAAAAUUGCCCAUUUUGGACUCAUUGCAAUUAAUCAUUGGAAUUAAUAAAUGUGGUACCAGAGGUGCUGACUUAUUAAAAAAGGUGUUGUUUAAGCAGAAUAAAUUGAAAACUUUGGUUUUGGAUUAUACUGAAAAUUACAUUGGAGAUGCAGGUGCUUCAUUUAUUGGAGAGGGUUUGACCUACCAGAAGGCUCUUGAAUAUUUAAAAGUGACUCUAAAUUUUAAUUCUAUUUCUGAUAGAGGAGCUAUCGAUGUGGCCAAAUCAAUUCAUUCUCUUAAACAUCAACCAAAAUACAUAGAUUUGAGAUUAAGUUAGAACAAGAUCUCUGACAUAGGAUCUAAGGAAGUUCUUCGCUACUUAUCUAAUGUAACAAAAGCUGUAGAUUUCUUGGAAUUAGAAUUGUUAGGUACAGCUUUAACCAAUGCAACAAGGGAUGAUCUUGUUGAGACUUACAAAAAUUUGAAAAACUUUAAUUUUAUUGUAGAUACAGCACCUCCAAGUUAUUGGGAUGAAUAAUGAGUAUUUAUAGGCUAAUUAUAAUAAGUUUUAUU